AUGAACAGCAAGAAGAAAGAGAUCCAAAACAAAGAAAAGCCUAAGGAAAAUGUUGCCAAUGUGAGCCUUAACUCUCGCAUAAUUAACAGAACCCAGAAAUAAAGAGUCGAAUCGUUCAGUCUCGUUUAAUCUCAACAACAAAAGUAGUAGUCCAACAAAGAAUAAAUAAGCUUCUUCUGAACUUACGUAAGUUAAACAAGCCCAAAAGACAGAAAUCAUUCCAAACGACACAAGAGAAGAUGGAUUUUAUGAUUUCAGCUUAUAACAACCAACUAGAAAUGCAGAAUGGUCUGAAUUACUCCUCAGACGAUAGUCUAUCAGAAGGCCAUUUGUUCAAGACUUUCAGUUUGAAAUAAACAGAAGAAGACCAAUAAUUCCUUCUGGACCAAGAUCUCAGACCUGAUAUUAUACAAGGACAAGGUCGCAUUUCACAAUAGAAUCGAAAAUAUUAAAUAGAAGUAUUCAAGAGAAGUUAUCAAAGGACGAUAUCAAGCUGUAUUCCCCCAAGAAUGCUAGAAGGUCCUCCUUGAAGAAAAGAAGGCAUGACAGAAGACAUGGAAUACUAGGUGGUCUUAAGAAUAUAUCAUUGGUCCCGCAAGACAAAGCUCGCUUGUCUCCAGGCCAGACCAUGAAUAUCUUAGAAGGAAAGAUUCAGGAAAGCCAACAGAAAGAAUUUUCAAACCCACUAGGAUUUUCUAUUAAGUUGAAGAAAAACGCCAAAGUUAAAAAUAAGAAGUUGACACCUUUAAAGCUAUCACUGAAGAAUCUGUCAACGCAAGUAAUGGCUAAGAAGUACACUAUGGCUGAUACCAUAAAAUCCAUGAUGAAGGAAAAGAGAGAAUCAGAUAAAAAGAAGUUACUAUCCAAUAAUUCUAUUAAGAUCAACAACAGAUUAGCAUAUUCUUUGAAAUCUGAGUCCAAAUAACAGCCCAACAGUAGAAAAUUUCGUACGGAAAAUAUCCCUUAAGAACUUUCGAGUCAAUUCGAUACAGAAAAGAGUGACUUUGUACUCUGACCAGAUGAGGAAACAAUAUAGCUCCUCAGUAAAUCCCAAGAAGAGUAUCGUUUGUCCGAGUAUAGCACCAGUAUUGAGUGCAGAAAAACUGAAUUCUCUUCAAAAGCAGAUGGAUUCCUUCACUAGAUCCGUUAAUUCAAACCGCUCCUUUAAAGCAUCUCUGGAAUCACCAAGUAUUCCUCACUCUGAAUAUCUUGACUUUAGGAACUAUAAGCUAUCAAACAUGAGUAGUCUGAAUAGAUCCCUGAACUUUAGGAAAAGCUGGUCGAAAAGAAGCUAGAUUCCUAUCCUGAAUUUAUAAGGAUGUCUAGUCUCAUAUUUUAUCAUCAUUCCUUAUGCAACACAUAAUAUCCUUCAAU